CAGUCUCAUGGAUAUAGAUAAGUAAUCCAUUAUAAACUAAUAUUUUGUAAAUAUUUAAUUAAUUUAAAUAUAGACAUAUACUUAUUGUAUUUCUAAUAUAAUUAUGAUUUUUAAAAAUACUUCGUUCAAGUUAUACAGUGUUCUUUUGAUUAAUAGACCAAAAUCAAACAAUUUUAUUUUAAGAAAACAAAGCACGUUCAUUGAACGAUAUAAAUCAUACUGGAAAAACGUAGCAAACGAUUAUUAUGAAGCAAUAUUAGGUAUUGGAACCUAUUCAAAAGAAAAUCCGUUAAAGAGUAUGUUAACCAGUGUACUGGCUAGUUGUAUGUUUUAUUGUGCAUUUAAUAAUCCAGAUGAAGAAAAUUACUGGUCAGAACUUCUUGACUGUACUAAUUCAAUGUUGUAUAUUAGUCCUUCAAUUUGUAGUCCUAAUACUGUUCAACGCUUAGAAUAUUUGAGUCGAUGCAACAACUCUAGAACUAUUAAAAGACUAAAUCUUUUAAUAUUAUCAAUUAUUUGGAUAGAUGAUUUUGACGAUAAUAUUUAUCUAUACAAAGCACAAUGUACUUACUUAAAACCAUCUAUUUUUCAAAUACCUUACAGAGUUGUAGACAUUGGAUUUUUAAAUACAUGGUGGUAUCUUAAACAAACAAUGGUGGAUUAUGAUGUAAAUCCAAAUGAAUGGAAAAAUGAUUCAAGAGAUAUAGUUUAACCAUUUUUGUUAAUAUUGCAUUGUUAGUUAAUAUAUAAGAUGUACAUAUUUUU